UCCUCCCUCUGCGGCUGCCUUCGGGGGCUCCUCGCCCCACUGAGCCAGGGGAGGAGAAAGACCUGGCACGUCCCAGGUUGCAAGCAAGCCCCCACCCCCCCGAUCCGAGCUGCGGUGGACCGAAAAAGUUACAGCUUCUCUCUCUCUCGUUUUAAGGAACGGCACCUGCAUUGUGACUUCCUGUUCAGUAAGCGACUGCCGCUCCUUCCUAUUUUUUGGUGGUGGGGUGGAGUGAGUAAAGGAAGGGGGGGGGAGAGACAGUUUUUAGCCCAGCGGUUGACUUCUCUCGCCUUCUCUAGAGCACACACACACACGUUGCUCGCUAGCCUAAGAUUGACAAGGAUGGAGCCCUCUUCGUUGGACGCGAACUAAGCAGAUUCUCCUUCCCCCUCCCUUACCCACCUACCCCCUUUCUUGAAAUUAUCAAGGCGGAAGGCAGAGGCAAGCAUCAAGAUGAUGGUGGUCCCGGAGGAGAAGCGUUGAGGAGUCACCUUGUUGAACGACGACCCCCCCACCCCCACCCCGUUCCUUAUCCCCAUCAAUUCAACUCUUUCCGGUCACCUAAGAGCAAAAACCAUGGACAACCGACUCGACUGGGUUGUAUGCAUCUGAGGGAUCGCUUCACACGUGUCGGGAGUUUUCCCUCUGCCUCCCAAAUCGUUGGGGGCGAAAGUUCCUUUUCUGGAUUUUAAAAGAAGGACUUUGCUCGCUCUGACCUCUUUUUUUGCCUCCUUUCGGAGGAAAAAAAACAAACGCUACCUAUUUUAAAUUUCUGGGAACCACUUAUUUAUUUGACUGUGUUUGGGAACAUUCAUAUCUGAGGAUGGGCAAUGCAGCUAGCAGUAUGGAGAUGUCUCCAGCGAAGGAGAUUAAAAGCCAGCCGACAGCUUCUUCGCCCCUGCCUCCCAAACAUCCUGCACCCCCCAAACAACCCAUGCCCAGCUGUGGAGAACUGGAGGAACGAUUCUCUCAUGUACUGAAUUCUAUGAACUUGCCACCAGACAAAAUGAAGCUAUUGAGCCAAUACGACAAUGAAAAGAAAUGGGAAUUGAUCUGUGACCAGGAAAGGUUCCAGGUCAAGAAUCCUCCUUCUGCCUACAUCCAGAAAUUGAAGAGCUAUUUGGACACAGGUGGAUUCAGUGGAAAGUUUAAAAGACGGGUUCAAGAGUCCACACAAGUUCUUCGGGAGCUUGAGAUAUCUCUGAGAACAAACCACAUUGGAUGGGUCCAGGACUUCCUCAAUGAAGAGAACAAGGGGCUUGAUGUGUUAGUGGAAUACCUCGCCUUCGCUCAGUGCUCUGUCACGUAUGAUAUGGACAGCACUGACAAUGGGAGCCCCGGCUCCGACAAGGGAAAACCCCUGGAGAGAUCUAUGGAAGACCUCAGCAGAAACAACUCCCCCACACAGGGCUCCACCAAAACAAGGCACUUCACUGCCAGAUUCAAUCCGGCACACAGCAGGAAGGCACUGCGGAACUCACGCAUUGUCAGCCAGAAGGAUGAUGUCCAUGUUUGCAUCAUGUGUCUCCGAGCUAUCAUGAAUUACCAGUCUGGAUUCAGUCUUGUAAUGAAUCACCCAACUUGUGUCAAUGAGAUUACGCUGAGCCUCAACAAUAAGAACCCAAGGACAAAAGCCCUGGUGCUCGAACUGUUGGCUGCUGUUUGCUUGGUCCGAGGUGGGCAUGACAUCAUCUUGGCAGCCUUUGACAACUUCAAAGAGGUGUGCGGUGAGAAGAAUCGUUUUGAAAAGCUGAUGGAGUAUUUCCGAAAUGAAGACACCAACAUCGAUUUCAUGGUGGCUUGCAUGCAGUUCAUUAACAUUGUGGUUCAUUCUGUGGAGAACAUGAAUUUUCGUGUCUUCUUGCAAUAUGAGUUCACACAGUUGGCGCUGGAUGAGUACCUAGAGAGGCUGCGAUAUACAGAGAGUGACAAGCUACAAGUGCAGAUCCAAGCCUACCUAGACAACAUCUUUGAUGUAGGUGCUCUACUAGAAGACACUGAAACGAAAAAUGCUGUUCUGGAGCAUGUGGAGGACUUGCAAGAGGAAGUUUCCCAGCUCACAGAGAGACUUCAGGAUGCAGAGAAUGAGUCUAUGGCCAAGGUUGCUGAGUUGGAGAAACAGCUGUGCCAGUCACGCCGUGAGUUGGAAGCUGUGAGGGUGAGGAGCACAAGUGAUGAGCAGACCUCACAGGAGCAGGUCAACAAGACAAAAAGUCCAAGGACUCCCCCUUUAUUACCAAAACAGCCAUCUCAAGGGGCAGAAGAAACCCCAUCAAACUCUGCAUUGGAGCGCAAACUAGAGGAGCUGGAAGACAAAGGAUUAAUCCGGAUCCUGCGUGGACCUGAUGGAGAUGCCAUCAUGGGUAUUGAAGUCAUCCCUGUUGUGGUGGAAACCACAAUAGCUUCCUCCAUUACCAUUGAAGCCCCUUCAUCAACCAGCACAGAUUUUCCUUCUCCAUCCACAUCCCCAGUUCCUUCAUCUGCUCCAGAAAUCCCGCCGCCACCACCUCUGCCAUUUGCUGAAGAAAGCAGCCCCAAGGUUAUCCCACCUUCUCAAGUGGAAGGCUCACCUCUGGUACCACCUCCUCCUCCGCUAGCACCACCCCUUCCUGGGGCCAAUGAGCCUCCGCCGGCUCCACCACUUCCUGGGGUGACAGACACAGCCCAGCCACCUCCGCCACCACCACCACUCCCUGCAGUGGAUGGCCCAGUUCCUCCUCCUCCUCCUCCUCCACCCAUGGCCAAUGGGGCCAAUCUGCCCGGUGUUGCAGGGAGUUCAGCUGUAAAGAUCAAGAAGCCAAUUCAGACAAAAUUCCGAAUGCCCAUCUUCAACUGGGUGGCCCUGAAACCUAACCAGAUCAAUGGGACUGUUUUCAAUGAACUCAAUGAUGAGAAAAUCCUCCAGGAGCUGGACAUGAAUGACUUUGAGGAACAGUUCAAAACCAGGGCUCAAGGCCCUGCCAGGGAAAUCAGUACUUUGAAGGCAAAAGUGGCCCAGAAGGCCCCCAGUAAAGUGACACUGAUUGAAUGUAACCGGGCAAAAAAUCUGGCCAUUACACUCCGCAAAGGGGGGCUCACCAUUGACAGCAUAUGCAAAGCCAUCCAGACGUAUGACUUGCAGUCCCUCAGCCUUGAUUUUCUGGAGUUGCUGAUGCGCUUCAUCCCCACCGAAUACGAGCUGACCAUGAUCCGCAAGUAUGAGAAGGAGCAGCGUCCACUUGAGGAGCUUUCAGAUGAAGACCAGUUCAUGAUCAAGUUCAGCAAGAUACCCCGCCUGGCAGAACGCAUGAACAUCAUGACCUUUCUAGGCAACUUUGGAGAUACCGUACAGCUUCUCCUGCCUCAACUGAACGCCGUCAUUGCUGCUUCGAUGUCCCUCAAGUCUUCCACCAAAUUGCGCCAGAUUUUGGAGAUUGUCCUUGCAUUUGGGAAUUACCUGAACAGCAGCAAACGGGGAGCAGCCUAUGGGUUCCGAUUACAGAGCCUUGAUGCACUUUUAGAUAUGAAAUCAACAGAUCGGAAGCAGACGCUGCUUCAUUACAUAGUGCGUGUGAUCCAGGAGAAAUAUCCUGACCUUCUGAACUUCUCCAGUGAACUGCAUUUCCUAGACAAAGCAGCCACAGUGUCACUGGACAGUGUGUUCCAAGAUGUGCGAGGCUUACAGAGAGGCAUGGAGCUAACACGCAAAGAGUUUAUGCGCCAGGAUGACAGUGCUGUGCUGAAGGACUUCCUCAAGGCCAACACAGAAGUGAUGGAGAAACUCCAGGCAGACAGCAAAACUGCACAGGAGGCCUAUGAAUCGACAGUGGAGUUCUUUGGUGAGAACCCCAAAACCACCCCUCCAACCAUGUUCUUCCCCACGUUUGUUCGUUUUGUCAAAGCGUACAAGAAAGCAGAGGAUGAUAUCCUGUUGUGGAAGAAGCAGGAAGCAGCUGCCAAAGAGGAGGAGUUGGAUUUCCCCAAGAAAGAGGAGCAGGGGCCACCAAAAUCCCCCACCCAUAAACGUCAGCAGCGCCAGCAAAUGGAUCUCAUAGCAGAGCUGAAGAAGAAGCAGAUGGUAAAGGAGCCCCUCAUUUACGAAGAGAAGGAUGGAGCUAUUGAAGAUAUUAUUACAGGCCUACGGAACCAGCCAUAUCGACGGGGGGACACCGGCCGGCACAGUGGCAGAAAACGGAUUGCUGGGCAGACUCUACAGGUGACCUCCGACAUCUCACUGUGACAGCCACAAAUAAAAACAACCAGCCAAGCCUUAGUUCUGCAGGGUGAGGCAAGAACUCAGGGGGUUCAUCGUCAACAGGCCUGGAACAAAAGCUAUCCAAGGAAGAAGGGGAGGGUGCAGGGCAUGCUGGUUUUUAUCCCUGCUGCUUUUAAAGCCACCUGUGGGCUUUUGCACAUGGAAGCCAUGCCAGUUAGUCUGUCGGACCCAUCGAGCUUAAUUCUGAACUCCAGAACAAUCUCCUUGCUCACCCUAGAAUUCCGGUUCUAGUGGGGAAAGAGGUUCUACUCUGUACCACAAGGAAAUAGCCAGUGGUGCUCAAAGGCAACUCCAACUACACCAUGACCACCAAACUGGUCAGAAGCACCUUCUACAGCAGAGGACUCUUUGCAGCUGGGGCCUCCUUUGAACAAGAAGCAAGUAACUCAGCGGGUAUGGAUUCCUGUUCCCACCAACCUUUUCACUCAGCUGGCCCUGCGUCCUUCCCAUAUAUCCUGCUGCUGGGCCCUUUAUUCUGCUUUAAUUCUCCGGUGUUCCAUCUGGCCCAGAAGAGAUGUGGUGUGGAGUUUUCAAGCCGAUUCUCCUCUUUUCUUCCCUCACGACAUGAAAGGUGCUGUUUGUCAACAGAAAUAAUGCUUGUGUGCUCAUAGAAAGGGGGUGGCCCAGGAAUGUGUAACCUCAGGAUCCUUUAAGCCAUUCUAACAUGAUGCAACAGGGCUACCUAACCAGUAGGUUACAGAGGACUUUGGGCUGUUCCUGGGUCUCAGCAAGCACCCUGUACAGAACAGGAGCACUUUUAACUUUCCUUGGAGGUGUCCUGCAGUUUCAGUACUCUGAAACCCAAACUACAGACAGCACUUCAGUCUAUGAAGCAAAGUGAGUUGGCUUCAGUGGCUCAUAGCCUCUGCAGUUCUGUUUUCCACAUUAUCUGGGCGCAGGCCUGUAGAUAGGCCAGGCCUGCUGCUUCCCUACAGCUGGAGAUUUCUGACAGCACACUCUUGAGUACCUUAGCAGGGCUGUUGUGCUAUUUGAUGGUGGCAGAAAGUGAAAAAGAAGCAUGCAAAGCUGACCAAAUAUGCAUGGACAAUUCAGCUGGUUCUUUAUGGUGGUUAUGUUUCCUUAAAGCAGGGGUGGACAACCUGGGGCCUUCGACAUGUUAUUGGACUGCAGCUCCCCUCAUCAUGCUGCCUAGGGCUGCAAGGGUUACAGCCCAAGAACAUCUAGAGAGCCACACAUUGCCUAACCAUGCUUGAAAAUAUAGAGACCUUUUGUUGUAGCACAAGCAACCUAAGGGAGCAGACCUGGGCACUGGAACAGCAUCUCAGGAUUUUUUUUGGGGGGGGUGUUUUUGUUUUGUUUUGUUUUUAAGCACAGGUGUCCCUUUGGCACUUUUAAACAACUCACUCUGAUGCAAGCAAGUGCAAGAGGUUUUGUGACAAUCAACUGGGUGUUGCAGUUGCUGUUCAUUUUCUUGCCACAAGAGGUCUCCAUUAUGUGUGGGGUUUUCACUGGUGCUUUUUCAGCACCAUACAGAUAUUGCCCCGGGUACUGUCUUUCUCUUCUGCUUCUCAGAUCUGUACUCUUGAAACCCCUUCUACGACCAGACAGAACAAAUAUAGAGUGAAAGUGAUGCUAAUUAGGACUGGGCAGUGUCUCUGCACAGAGAUUAAUGUGGGAUCAGAUUUUGGAAGGAUUCUACAACAGCAUACUUCUGUACCUGUAAAGGCAAGCCGUCUGCAUCACCCUAGCAAGCACAUGAUCAAAAUCCUUCAGCAACCUUGCUCCAUAAAGAUCCUACCCUGUAGCUGCCCCCACCUCCACCUGUGAACUGGUCCUAUGCAUUCUACAUUUUUAGUUUUUUACCUCUGAGGGAUGGGGAAAUAGGUUAUGAAAACUCCAACGCUAUGUAAAGGGAAUGAAUUUGUCAUUCAUCCCCUCCAUCCUUUGUGGAUGGAGAUCAUUACACCUUUGCUUCCUAUAAUCUGGCCACAUCUUGGCACAAAUCUAGGUCCCUAGAGAAGUUUGUGCCUGCAGAGCACACUGGUUAUGCAAAGGACCAUAGCAAAGAUGCAUUCUUGCACCUCCCCUUCACUCCAGCAUGCAAAUUCCACAGCAGCAAGUGCACGCUCUCUGGCAAUGUUGAUGGGCCUACACAACAAAUCUGCUAGGAUGAAACUAAACUUUCAAAAAGGUAGAGCAAUGCUAAGGCCAACUUCCCCGCUUCCCGUAUCAUCCUGUUCCAGACCUGAAAGCUACAUAAUUGCAUAGAAGCCCAAGUUCUAGAUUUAGGUUACCACUGCUUUCUCCUUAACUUAAAAGCAGCUAAAAAUGACCACAGUACACUCUCGGCAUAGCAACUUCGCACACAGAUUCAAUAUACUGGGGGUGGGUGGGCGGCGGGAUGGGGUGUUAGGAGGCGAAUUGAAUGUGUGCAAUCAUAUUGAGUUUUUAAAAAUGCCUUGAAUCAUAUAGGGGAAGACCACAAUGCCCUAUAUGGUUGCUACUUUGUAUACAUUAUUUUUAUAUAUGAUUAUGUGAAUUGCAUUUAAUCCAAAGCAAGUUAACAAGAGAAAAUAAUAAAUGUAUUCUAAAGAUGCAAAA